UCGCGCCCGGAGGCGGCUCCGAAACUCUUUCAGCAUCUUCCGCCGGAGCGCAGGCUGCUCCUCCGGCUGCUUUUGGGAGUCCUGCGGCGUGAGGACGGAGGCGCGCGGGAGUGCGGUUCGCUGGCGUCCCGGGUGUAGAGGAGGCGGACAUCAAAAUUAGCGAACUCACGGCCGUUCCUGGGGCGCAAACUACGUCUGAAACAUUAAGCAGACAACUCAUUUUGGAAUGAGAAUCUGGAAAAGUUGGAGAAGAUAAAGUUUAUUCAGUAGUAUCCUUAUCAGAAGGCCAACAAAAGAGGAAAUGCACAACUUUGAGGACGAGUUAAUGUGUCCCAUUUGUUACAGUAUUUUUGAAGAUCCUCGUAUACUACCAUGCUCUCAUACAUUUUGUAGAAGUUGUUUGGAAAACGUUCUUCAGGCAUCUGGUAAUUUUUAUAUUUGGAGACCUUUAAGAAUUCCACUCAAGUGUCCUAACUGCAGAAGUAUUAUUGAAAUUGCUCCAACUGGUAUUGAAUCUUUACCUGUUAAUUUUGCAUUAAGGGCUAUUAUUGAAAAGUACCAGCAAGAAGACCAUCCAGAUGUUGUUUUCUGCCCUGAACAUUCUAGGCAACCAUUAAAUGUUUAUUGUCUACUAGAUAAAAAACUAGUUUGUGGUCACUGCCUUACUGUAGGUCAACAUCAUGGUCAUCCUAUAGAUGACCUUCAGAGUGCCUAUUUGAAAAAAAAAGACACACCUCAGAAACUGCUCAAACAGUUAACUGACACACAUUGGACAGAUAUUACUAAUCUUAUUGAAAAGCUAGAACAACAAAAGUCUCAUUCUCAGGAAAUGAUCCAGGGUGAUAAAGAAGUUGUUCUCCAGUAUUUUGAGGAGCUUACUGCUACAUUAGAACAACAAAAAAAAAUUUUCUUAACAGCUCUCUGUGAUGUUGGCAAUCUGUUAAAUCAAGAAUAUACUCCACAUAUUGAAAGGAUGAAAGAAAUAAGAGAACAGCAGCUUGAAUUAAUGACAAUGACAACAUCUUUACAAGAAGAGUCUCCACUUAAAUUUCUUGAAAAAAUUGAUAACAUCUGCCAGCGUGUGCAGAUCUUGGAACAAAGACCACUUCCCGAGGUCCGACCUCUUGAAAUUUAUCCUCGAGUAAGCCAAGUAUUGAAAGAAUGGAGCAGAACAGAAAUUGGAGAAAUUAAGCAAGCUCUCAUUCCUGAAAUGAAAAUUUCUUCAAUACGGAUGCCACCUUCCUGCCCUGAUAAAGAUAAAAAAGUUGAGUUUUUUCAAAUUUUAAGCUUUUCAGUGUUAUUACUGUUGGCAUUCUGUUUCUACCAGUACAUAGUAACCUUCUUACAUGAAGUACCUUCAGUAUGUUUUUCUGAAGUCUUUUUGUCUGUUUACCAGAGUUUAUCUAGCAAUUUGCCUGAUUUAAAAGGCAUACUAUGUCACACACUAUAUUUGUUAAAAGAAUUCGUGGGGAAAAUAAUUUCUCUUUGAAAAUUUGCAUUGUUAAACAGGCUUAUUCUGUACAGCAGAGGCUAACUAUUGCUACUGGAGAAACAGGAGGUAGCAUAAACAGUAAACUAAACUUUGGUAGAGUUCCAGCAAAUUCAGAAAUGUUAAACCUCUUAUGCUUCUGUUGGAGACAGUGCAUCAGUUAAUGAGACUACGAAACAUUCAGAUCAUUAGAUACUGGUAAUCAUUAGUGGUUGGUUUGAAUAUUAAUAUUGUGCCAUUUGUAUUGGUUUAAUGUUGACUUAAUGCUGCUCAAACAUUUUACUGCUGUUCUUUUACUACUAAGUCAAUGGUCGGCUAUUCAUGUAUCUGUAUAGUGUUUUAGAGUAAAAGAUGGAAAAAUGCUCCAA